AAGGCAAAUAAGACCUUGACUAACGCACCGGCCAGCCAUUCACGUUCACCAACGCUACAAACAUGAAGUGCUUCAUAAGAUACGAAAAAUACUGCGAUUUUCCUAUAGAAAAUUUGCCGUACGGUGUCUUCUCUACCAAAGACGACCUUACCCAUAGAGUAGGAGUUGCAAUCGGAGACCAAAUCCUAGAUUUGAAACAAAUAGCUCACUUAUUCACGGGUCCCGAACUCAAAAACCACCAGGAUGUAUUCAAAGAGCCAACUUUGAACAAAUUUAUGAGCUUAUCGAAACCAGCAUGGAAAGAAGCUAGAGAAACAAUACAAAAUCUUCUCUCGAUUGACAAUCCACGACUGCAAAACGACUCGGAGCUCCGAUCAAGAGCUUUAGUAUCUCAAUAUGAUGCCACCAUGCACCUCCCCGCUCAAAUUGGAGACUACACAGACUUUUUCUCGUCUAUACACCACGCCAUCAACACCGGAACGAUGUUCAGAGGAAAAGAAAAUGCACUGACGGCUAAUUGGAAAUACCUUCCUGUUGCUUAUCAUGGUCGUGCUAGCUCCGUGGUUAUCACUGGCACUCCCAUCAGGCGACCCAACGGGCAAACGCUAGCGGUUGAAGGUGCACCCCCGAUUUUUGGUAAAUGCAAACUGAUGGAUUUUGAGCUAGAAAUGGCGUUCUUUGUCGGAGGACCCUCCAACGAGCUAGGAAACCCCAUUCCGAUCGAGAAAACCGACGAUCAUAUUUUUGGAUUGGUUCUCAUGAACGACUGGAGUGCAAGAGAUAUCCAGAAGUGGGAAUACAUCCCAUUGGGUCCUUUUACCGCCAAAAAUUUGGGGACUACUAUAUCCCCGUGGGUUGUGACGACGUUAGCGCUUGAACCAUUCAAGGUAGACAACUACCGACAGGAACCAGAACCUUUUUCGUAUUUGAAACAUGACGAUAAAUUUAAUUUUGAUAUUAAUUUACAAGUGGACAUCACGCCGAAAGGAAUGAAUGUGUCAACAACCGUGUGUCGAUCAAACUACAAAAAUCUAUACUGGACAGCUAAACAACAGCUAGCCCAUCACACUAUCACUGGGUGCAAUGUAAAAGCGGGGGAUCUGGUGGCGAGUGGAACUAUAAGUGGAGAGGCCUCCGAUUCGUUUGGUUCUCUUCUUGAGUUGUCGUGGAAAGGAACUAAACCUAUAACCAUGUUGGACGGUAGUCAGAGAAAAUUUUUGCAAGACGGAGACACAGUUACCAUUAAAGGAAUGUGCGAAGGAGAUGGAUAUAAUAUAGGGUUUGGGGAGUGUGUCGGAAUCCUUCUUCCAGCUUAUGAUAUGUGAAUUUUUUAAUAAACACUUUAUUUUUU